GCCGCCGCAACCGACAACCACCCAACGAUCGACACAAACAACCAAACCAACCAAACCCCAUCAUCAUCCAAACCCCCAGCCCACCACCAUCGCCAUGACCACUGUUGCCGACAACACGCAUGCUGCUGAGCUGUCUGCGCUGAUUCCCGCGCAAGAGACUGGUGCCCUUGCUAUUCAGCGCAACGACCCGGAGUGUGACGGGCGUGGCAUCCGCAUCGCCGUCUUUGACACGGGUGUCGACCCUGCGGCCCUUCAUCUCAAGACCACCACCGAUGGCAAGCCAAAGAUCAUCGACAUCGUUGACACCACAGGGAGUGGUGACGUUGACAUGAAGAAGGUUGUCAAGCUCGGAGAUGACCGCUCCUUCAAGACGCUUACAGGCCGCACCUUCAAGGUGCCGGAGGCGUGGGCGUGCCCGAGUGGUGAAGUCCGUGUGGGCGUGAAGGCGGCCUUUGAGCUAUUCCCAACGCCGCUGAUUCGCCGACUCAAGCGCAAGCGGAAGGAAGACUGGGAGAAGAAAGCGCGUGCAGUGACGCGGGCGGCGGAGGCCGAGGAGACGGCGGCAAAGGACAAGACCCCCGACGACGAGGCACGGCUGAAGGAGCUCAAGGCGCGGGUUGGGGCGCUGUCGUCCCACGUGGGCGGAUACGCAGACCACGGGCCCGUCCUCGACUGCAUCGCCUUCAACAACGGCACGGAGUGGAUGGCCGUGGUUGCUGACGAGACUGUGACGGACUUGAGCAGCGUCAGCCCCAUGGGCGAUUACAAGCAACGGCAGGAGUACGGCCUGUUCUCUGACGAGGACCAGAUGUCGUACUCGUUCAAGUUCUACGCAGACGGCGACAUCCUCUCCAUCGUCACCACCUCAGGCUCGCACGGCACGCACGUUGCGGGCAUCCUGGGAGCGCACGACGAGAGCAGCAGCGAGCGCAACGGCGUCGCGCCCGGGGUGCAGGUCGUCUCCGUGAAGAUUGGGGACGGGCGCUUGGACUCGAUGGAGACCGGUGCCGGCAUCAUCCGCGGUGUCAACGCCGCCAUCGACAACGGCUGCCACCUCAUCAACAUGUCCUUUGGCGAGGCAAGCGCCGUGCCAAACGCCGGGCAUGUGGUGCGUGCGCUGCAGGAUGCUGUGCGGGAGAAAGGCAUCAUCUUCAUUGGCUCUGCGAGCAACAGCGGCCCAGCCCUCUCCACCCUCGGCUGCCCCGGCGGCCUCUCCUCUGCCCUCAUUGGCGUGGGCGCGUACGCCUCCUCCGCACUCAUGGCCUCCUCCUAUGCACUGCCCCACCCCGUACCGGAUGUGCAGUACACGUGGUCGUCGCGCGGGCCCACGCCCGACGGCGCCACCGGCGUGUGCAUCUCCGCACCGGGCGGCGCCAUCACGGACGUGCCGACGUACAACCUCAAGAGCACGCAACUGAUGAACGGGACGUCCAUGUCGAGCCCAAACAUGUGCGGAUCUGCCGCGGUCCUCCUCUCCGCCCUCAUGAAGCGCGGUAUCCCGUGGUCUCCAUUCAGCGUGCGCAAGGCGCUUGAGAACACGGCAAAGCCUUUGAGCGGGAGCACACCGCUGGACAACGGGCAGGGCGUGGCGCAGGUGGACAAGGCCCUGGACCUCCUCGUGAACCAUCGCGACGACCUGUCCUUCCUGCCAGAGUACAAGGUGGAGGCUGGCUACUUUGCCAUGGGUGGGCGUGGCAUCUACCUUCGUGAUCCAGGCCACUUUACGCAAGACCGCGUGGAGGCAAUUGUGUCCGUCACGCCGUCCUUCCACAAGGACACGCCCAAGGAGGACCUCAUUCACUUCGAGUGCCCACUGUCGCUGGUGUGCGACAAGUCGUGGGUGAACGUCGCCAGCUUCCUCCUCAUGAACAACAGCACCCGCUCCUUUGGCGUGCAUGUGAACACGGGGGACCUUGAACCCGGCCUGCACUACACGGAGAUUCGCGCGUACCGCGUUGGAGAUGCCGAUGCUGGCCCCGUCUUCCGCGUGCCCGUGACGGUGUGCAAACCAACGCCGCUCGCCGCGCCCCAGAGCACCGCCACCACCAGCGCAGUCAUGUCCGCAGGCGCCGUGAAGCGCUACUUCUAUGCUGUCCCCUCUGGGGUGACCGGGUGCAAGGUGACAGUGACUGGCGGCGCCUUUGAGGGCUCGCGUCGCUUCAUCCUCCACGCCGUGCAGCUCGCACACCAGAAGCCCUUCAACAACGCAGAGCUGCACCGGUUCUUUGCGCUCCGAGAGCGCGAGACGACGACGUUUGAGCUCGCCAUCAACGGGGACCGCGGGCUGGAGGUGUGCGUUGCGCAGUGGUGGUCGUCGGCCGGCGCGUGCGACAUCACCAUCACCGUCGAGUUUAUUGGCCUCGACCUCAGGGGCGAUCGCACAUUCGCAGGGCCCGCCCGCCUGGAUGCGCUGUGCACGCUGGGUAAAGUGACGCUGCAGCCCAAGGUGCAGUACACGACGCUCGAGCGCGUCAUCUUCCCCGUGCGUGCAGGCACCGUCCGCCCGCUGCGGGAGGAGCGAAACGUGCUGAUUGACGGGAGCCACAUGUACGCGCUCGAGCUCUCCUACUCCUUCUCCCUCAGCGACAAGGCGAACGUGUACCCCGUGCUGCCUGGGGUGUCUGACUUCCUGUACGAGGGCGACAUGCACAACCAGCUGUGGAUGAUCUUUGACGACAACAACCGCAUCCUGCAGCGCGGCGACGCAUUCCCCAACCGCUACAAGACGGACCUCAAGAAAGGCUCAUACACCAUCGUCUACCAGCUGCGCCAUUCGAGCAAGUCGAAGCUCGAGGACAUGAAGGAGUCCCACAUUCUCCUCAUCCAGAAGCUCAAGUCUCCGCUGAGUGCGAGCGUGUACAGCGUGCAGCCCGGCACCACCGCCCAGCAGUCCUUCUCAAAGAUGGACCUCGUCCGCGGCAGGAGUGUGCCUGUGUUUGUUGAGCCCGUGAAGGCGUCGAAGCUUCCCAAAGAUGCUGCGCACGGGGACGUGUUGAGCGGCACCAUCACCAUGGCCGCCGAUGCACAGUGGUCGACGUGGUGCGUGCGCGCGCUGGUGACCAAGGGCAAAGUGAAGCCUGCCGAGACCACCAGCAGCAGCAGCAAGAAGAGCAAGAAGAACAAGAAGAACAAGGCGUACAAGGACGCAAUCAAAGCUGCAGACCUCGACUUUAUCAAGAGCGCGACGAAGGACGAUGUUGACGUGCUGGCUGAGAUUGGGGAGCGCCAUGCCGGUGCCCUCGAUGUGCAGCUCGCUGUCAUCACCAAGCGCUUUGACCUCACAGACAGCAAGGAGAGCCUGCUGCCGCUGAUUGAGGAGGCCGUGGACAGCGUGGACACGCGUGCGCUUGCAGAGUACUUUGGGCGGACAGAUGUUGUUGAGGAGGAGACGCAGGAGGCGAAGGACGCCGCGGCCAAACGCAAGGAAGACAUGACAUCCACCAAGUCGAACCUCAUCGCCCUCUUGCUUCUCCAGCUCAAGUGUGCGCUUGAGCUGGAAGGGGACGCCCGCACCAACACGGCCCGCACCGCCAUCACCAACGCAAAGCGCUGGACAGACCCAUACAAGGACUCGAAGUGGGCACUGUCGCUUGCCAAGUACCACAUGGCGCGUGAGGAGUACGGACAGGCGCUGCAAUGCAUUGGCGACGAGACGAGCAAGGACGCCUUUGAGCUCAAGCAGCAGCUCUUUGACAAGCUCGGCUGGACGGAUCUGUUUGACAGCCGCAGCGUGCACGUGCUCUUCCCCAGCGCCCGCCCCCUCUUUGUGGAGUGAUGUGAUGCGCUGUUGAUGCUGAUGUGUCCCCUCACAUCAUCACCAAGCACACGAAGUACACCAAGGCGAGGCAAACCAACCAAAGCGAGGCCAAGCUCUUUUCCAUUUGCCACUCUUGUUGUUGUUCGUCACUGCCAGAAGUGUCGAGUCAGCAUUUUCUGUUUUGUGAAUGUUUUCCACCAAAAACCGCUUUGAUCACACACAAACAGAAAAAACGGCCGACAAAACACUGAAGCAAGAAGGAGACAGAGCGAGAG